UCACACCAAAAAAAGUUGAUUUCCGUACACACACCGUGCACGCCUCCUGAGGCAGAUAGGAGAUGUUCACAAAGUACCGCAAUUUAUAGCAAAAAAGGAGGACAUUUACGCCGCCAUCGCUCGGCGAGGACACACGCAGCAUUUGGCACAUUUGCGGCACUUAACAACACAAUGUGGGAACAAGAGGAAUUCGCCAAACACUGGAGGAACGAAUUCCCCGACGGCGAAGUCCCACACAUGGACUUGAAUUCGGUCGAGGACAUCGAGUCGGAGCUGGAGGCGUCCAAAGCCAACCUGAAGAGGCUCCAGAAGGCUCUGGCGGAGGAGAAAUUCAAGGUGAUCUACCUGCAGACCACCAUGGCGCGACGGAGGACAAACGAGACGGAAAGUUCUCAAAGCAAAGACGUCAACUUUAACGCAAACACCUUCGCCACAUUCAAGACAACGAACACAAGGAUGUCACAUGAGGUGUUCGACCCGGGACACCCGGCAGGUAUCACGCCGAGUUCGUCCAGCCGGGAGCGGAGCAGGUUCAGCGGCAAGGUGGGCAAGCCCGUGCCCAUCCCCGUUCCACCGCGGAAGCUCAGCAACCCCAGGCUUGAGACGACGAGGAUUCACGAUGAUAACAGCGACCGGGAAUAUGAGGAUUUGGAGAUGAAUGAGAAUUUUGUCAGGAAUAAUUUAUUGGCACCAAAGGCCGUCAGCAGAGACAGCCAAAGGACGCCCAGCGUCCACCAGCCGUCCUCCCGACGGCCUUUCCGCCGCAGCAGAGACUUGGACUCCGGGGAUGAGAGUCGGACGUCCCCGCCCUUGCUGCAGAUUGGCCGCAGUUCUGGCUGCAGCACCCCAGACAGGAGGAGUGAUGGCUACCUCAGCUCUGAGCAUGACGACUCUUCCUCUGCAGAUUUUAACUACAACACAGACGGCUACGAGGGGGACGGGCCAGAGGAUUGCAAGUCUCAAGAUGGCUCAGAGACACUGCCCUAUAUCGAUGAAUCCCCCACCAUGUCACCCCAGCUGUGCACGCCCCAAGGACCUCACGGAGAAAUGGUCUCCCCCACGCCACCAGAAGGCCUCCCGCCUGGGGGAGACGUUGAGAAAGGACUGGAGAUGAAGAAACUUGUGCUUUCUGGUUUCUUGGCCAGUGAGGAGAUUUACAUUAACCAGCUGGAGGCUCUGCUGCUGCCCAUGCGUCCCCUGAAAGCCACGGCCACCACCUCUCAGCCCGUCCUGACCAUCCAGCAGAUUGAGACCAUCUUCUACAAAAUCCAGGACAUCUUUGAGAUCCACAAAGAAUUCUAUGAUGCUCUCUUACCCAACAUCAGACAGUGGGACGAGAAGGUCACUGUGGGACACCUGUUCCAGAAACUGGCCAGCCAGUUGGGUGUGUACAAGGCCUUUGUGGACAACUACAAGGUGGCACUGGAGACAGCAGAGAAAUGCAACCAGGCCAACAGCCAGUUCCAGAAGAUAUCUGAGAACCUGAAAGUAAAAGGUCCUAAAGACUCCAAAGACUGCACCACAACGGUCACAAUGGAGGCUCUUCUUUAUAAACCCAUCGACCGUGUGACGAGAAGCACCCUCGUUCUGCACGAUUUGCUGAAACACACACCAAAGGACCAUCCCGACUUCCCUCUACUGCAGGACGCUCUGCGAAUAUCUCAGAACUUCCUGUCCUCCAUCAACGAGGAGAUUGACCCUCGCAGGACCGCCGUCACCACGCCCAAAGGAGAGGCUCGUCAGCUGGUGAAGGACGGCUUCCUCGUGGAAGUGUCGGAAAGCUCCAGGAAGCUACGACAUGUCUUCCUCUUCACCGACCUGCUGCUCUGUGCCAAAAUGAAGAAGGCAUCAGUUGGUCGUCACCAGCAGUAUGAGUGCAAGUGGUACAUCCCUCUUGCAGACCUGUCUUUCCAGACGCUGGAAGAGUCGGACUCGUGCCACAGCAUACAAGUCCUCCCCGAGCACGAGAUCGAGGAGAUGAAGAUCAAGAUCUCACUCUUAAAGAGCGACAUACAGAAGGAGAAGAAAGCACCGAGGGGGCAGAACCGCGUGGAGCGUCUGAGGAAGAAGAUGAACGAGCAGGAGUCUUGGCUGCUGCUUCAUUCCCCCACAAUCCCCUUCCGCAUUCACAACAAGCACGGGAAGAGUUACCUGUUCUUGCUCUCUUCUGAUUAUGAGAGGUCAGAAUGGCGGGAGAACAUCCAGAAGCUCCAGAAGAAAGGUGAUGUCCAUUUGAAUAAAAUAGCUGACAGUCUGUCCUUGGUGCAUCUAAGUGUGUCUGUGUGGCUUCUGUGUUGCUUUCCAGACCUUCAGACGUGUGUGUUAAGCUCAGUCGAGCUGCAAGUCCUGACCAGCUCCUGUUUCAAGCUCCGAACGGUCCACAACAUUCCUGUCACCAGUAAUAAAGAUGAUGAAGAGGCUGCGGGCUUGUACGGCUUUCUCCAUGUGAUCGUCCACUCUGCCAAAGGAUUCAACGGGUCCGCCAAUCUGUACUGUACCCUGGAAGUGGACUCGUAUGGAUACUUUGUCAGCAAAGCUAAGACCCGAGUCUUCAGAGACACGACGGAGCCUCAGUGGAACGAGGAGUUUGAGAUCGAGUUGGAGGGUUCCCAGUACCUGCGAAUCCUGUGCUAUGAGAAGUGUUACGAUAAGAGCAUGCUCAACAAGGAUGACAACGAGAUCGUGGACAAGAUCAUGGGCAAAGGGCAGGUCCAGCUGGAUCCUCAGACGGUGCAGUCCAAGAACUGGCACAUGGACGUCAUCGAGAUGAACGGGAUCAAGGUGGAGUUCUCCAUGAAGUUUACAAGUCGGGACCUGAGUUUGAAGAGGACGCCAUCCAAAAAACAGAGUGGUGUGUUUGGAGUCAAAAUCAACGUGGUGACAAAGCGGGAGCGCUCCAAGGUGCCUUACAUCGUCCGCCAGUGCAUUGAGGAAGUGGAAAAGAGGGGGAUAGACGAGGUGGGAAUCUACAGGAUCUCAGGGGUGGCCACUGACAUCCAGGCCCUCAAAGCGGCAUUCGACACCAAUACCAAAGACAUCCUGGUGAUGUUGAGCGACAUGGACAUCAACGCCAUCGCGGGGACGCUGAAGCUGUACUUCAGGGAGCUGCCGGAGCCUCUGCUCACCGACCGUCUGUACCCCGCCUUCAUGGAGGGAAUAGCACUGUCCGACCCCGCAGCCAAGGAGAACUGCAUGAUGCACCUCCUGCGCUCCUUGCCGGACCCCAACCUCAUGACCUUCCUGACUCUGCUGGAGCACCUGAAACGGGUGGCAGAGAAGGAGCCCCUCAACAAGAUGUCCCUCCAUAACUUGGCCACAGUGUUUGGCCCCACUUUGCUCAGGCCGUCCGAGUCGGAGAGCACCAAGGGACAGCAUAUCACCGCCGCCUCUGACAUCUGGUCACAUGACGUCAUGGCUCAGGUUCAGGUGCUACUCUACUACCUGCAGCAUCCUCCCAUCUCCUUUGCCGAACUCAAACGCAACACGCUCUACUUCUCCACUGAUGUUUAAGCCCCUCCCACCUCCCUCAAGGGCGACCAGAGAGUGCGAGAUGAGCACACGGUCCUCCUACCUCGCCUGUCCUGCAAGCAAGCGGGCAGCUCUUCUGGACUAUACAGCCCCGCCCCACCACCACCACCGCUCCAUACGCUUCCUAGCGACCCCCUGCAUAGGAAGGAGGUGGAAAAACACGUUUGUGGUCUUGAAGGUCAUGCUGAGAGCCAUGCUGCCUCCCACCAACACCAGGCAUUCUGGGACCACACUGAUGAAUUUCAGCGAGGGGGGGAGUGAGGAUUUUACAUGCCACAGCCUGGCGCCGUGGCACAGGACCAAGCCUGGGGAUGUGGCAUGACCUGGAGAUGCUGGUUUGAUGGAACGCAGCCCACACCACACCUCCAGCUCCAUGCUGUGUCCCCCAGAGGCAUUCCACAUCAGCUGCAUUUACGUUUGGUAAUCAUUUCCUGUUUCUGUCUUUCUGUGGAGGAGGAGGCAUGAAAAGACUGAAUGGCUGGCAGGGUCUCUUUUUUUGUGUUGUUCCCUCCUCACUGAUUAUUGACAAGGUUAUCCUAAUUUAUUUGAAAUAUAUAUAUAUAUGUAUAUAUAUAUAUAUAUAUAUAUACAUAUAUAUAUAUAUAUAUAUAUAUAUAUAUAUAUAUAUGUGUGUGUGUGUGUGUGUGUGUGUGUGUAUGUGUGUGUGUGUACCUGUACAGUUCUGUGCGACUAGAGAGAUGCUCUAAGGAGUCUUGUUUUCUGAAGUUUUUCAGGUAGUGAUGUUAUUUUUUUUGUAUGAUUUCGUUCACUUCACUGACCGUCUUCAUGGUUGGUAAACAGUACUGAAACCAUCACGGCAGAAUCUGCCACUUUGUUAGCAAUCACUUUGUAAAGGGAAAGGAUGCUCUGUGACGCAAUAGGGGGUGAAACAUGAUGGCUUUUUUUCUUAUUGUUGCAUUGCAAGCCUGCUCCGAGUGUCCCACUGCACCGAUGGAAUCUAUAGGAUGAAUUGUGUAGUUGCCAUGGUUGCAUGUUCAGCUUGUUAUUCAAAGCAGGCCAAGUAACAUACAGGUAGGUUAUGUGUGUGUGUGUGCGCGCGCGCGCAAAUAGGCUCAGCUCUGCUCUGUACAAAGCCAACCUUUCACGAUCACAUCUGCAGCAUAUAAAAAAAUGCUACAAAAACCGCUCAGUGAGUACUAUUUGGUAUUUUUAAGAUAAGAAUAAAAUGCAAAUAAAAAUGGUUCUAUUUCCUUUGACAAGAAUUCCAAUAUACUGUAAUUUUGAGGCUAAAUUGUAUUGUUCUCAUUUUUUAGUGAAAUAAAAGGCAAAAACUCACUUUGUUUGUGGUUGUGAUGGAACAUAAUUUAGAGUCCAUGAAACAAUUGGUUCAUAACACGGUUUCUACACCUUUUCUGUUCAGUUACAGGAAAGUGGGGCAGAUUUCUCCAAGAGACACCUUGCAUAACAUUUCAAGAUUACUAGAAUAACAAAAUCAAAACCGAGUCAAGCACUAGGACCAAGCGGCAAACUGCUGCUCAAGCUGAAGCCUGUUUCCUUUUAUACUGCUCACGAGC